UCUAAUAUCGAGGAGUUUUGUUGGCAUUUUUCCUGCGCUUCGAAAGCCGGGUAAUUAAUUGUUUAUUUAUUAAAAACCUUGUGCUUAGAAUAAAUCGCAAAGCCAAAAAAUGAGUAGAGCACAUCCACCUGAGCUAAAAAAGUAUAUGGACAAAAAAUUAUCCCUUAAACUCAACGGUGGCAGACAUGUGAUCGGAAUCUUGCGGGGCUUUGAUCCGUUCAUGAAUAUGGUGAUAGAUGAAACUAUCGAGGAAUGCAAAGACGGUACCAAAAACAACAUUGGGAUGGUGGUUAUUCGAGGGAACAGCGUGAUCAUGCUGGAGGCGAUAGAUCGAAUAUGACCGAUUACAAUUACCCUAGUUUGUAAUAUAAACUCCAGGUGUAAAAUUUCGUCUAAACUCUAAUAGCAAUAUUUUCUUUUCUCUUGUCAAUAUUUCUUGUCGCUGGAAUCUGUACAAUUUAUUUUCCCCUUAACUCUUGAAUAACUGAUUCUAUUUUCUGUAAGUUGAAUGUACCAUUAAAGACGCAUUUUUUUCUAUAAAA